AGUGAGAUAGAGAGUUCUGAACUUAUGUAACAAGGAGUGGAGGUAGGAUACGAAUGUGAAGCUGGGAUGGAAAAUCUAAACGAAAGCAGGAGAGAAUUUGUUUUGCCUGUAGUGAGGGAAGAGAAAGGAACAGGGGAAGGAGAAAGAGAAGGAACGCUUGGACAGAGACAAGAAGAGACUGAGAAGACUGGCCAAACAGGAUACUACUGAAUUCCUUUCAACAUGGAAAAUAUGGAGCUGCCACCUCGACCAAAACUCUUUGACUUCCAUGGACUCUCCAUGAUCCACUAUUUCACUGACAACUGGGAGAACAUACAAAACUUCCAGGCCAGGCCAGAUGAUAUCCUCAUCGCCACUUACCCCAAAGCAGGUACCACAUGGGUCUCCUACAUUCUAGACCUGCUGUAUUUUGGUCAGACAGCCCCUGAGCGUCAGACUUCACUGCCUAUCUAUGAGAGAGUGCCAUUCCUGGAGAGUGACUUCCAUAUUCUCCCUCCAGGAACGGAGCUGGCAGACAAGUUAUCCACCUCUCCUCGCCUCAUCAAGACUCACCUCCCAGUCCAGUUGGUGCCCAAGUCCUUCUGGGAGCAGAACUGCAGGAUAGUGUAUGUGGCCCGUAAUGCCAAGGACAAUGCAGUGUCUUAUUUCCACUUUGACCGCAUGAACCAGGCCGACCCAGAGCCAGGAGACUGGAACAACUUCUUACAGAGAUUCAUGGAUGGAAAGAUGGUGUUUGGUCCCUGGUAUGACCAUGUGACUGGCUGGUGGGAGAGGAAAGAGACUCACUCAAAACUCCACUACGUUUUCUAUGAGGAUAUGGUUGAGGAUACGGGGAGAGAGCUGGACAGGCUGUGCUCCUUCCUAGGGUUGUCUCCUUCAGCAGAGGAGAAGGAGAGGGUGAGAGGAGGAGUGCAGUUUGAUACAAUGAAGAAGAACAGCAUGGCCAACUACUCCAACAUCCCAGUCAUGGAUUUCAAGAUCUCUCCAUUCAUGCGAAAAGGAAAGGUUGGUGACUGGAAGAACCAUUUCACUGUGGCCCAGAGUGAACAGUUUGAUGAAGACUAUAAGAAGAAGAUGAAGAACACCACCGUACAGUUCCGCACUGUAGUCUAGGGGUUGUGAUCAGGUUGACUGGUGCAUAUGCAUCUCAGCUCUGCUGGAGUCAUGGUGCUGAAAUGUACAAUAUGCUGAUACUAUCUCUACUGUAUAAAUAAGAGAGCGAAUGAUGUCUUACUUUGAGAUAAAGUCAAAUGAUAGACAUGCACAA